AUGCCGCCGCCCAAACCAUCACCAAAGACGGCGCUGACAACUUCAUCUCUGCCACCAAAGAGGUAUCCACCGGCACCAGCCAAGAGGCACAGUCAGUCACCAGCAAAGCCCACAGAGGGACAUCACUCACCAGCAAAGCCACCACCGAGCUCUCCUGAGCAUCAUGGAGCUGGACAUCCACUACCGAGCUCUCCGCCCACCAAGGAACAUCCAGCAGCUGAGCCAAAUAGGCACCAUGGACAUCGACGAGCUGAUGAUGGAGCUGCUACAGGGCCGCCACCCUCUUCUUCGCCGCCCAACAAGGCCGACACUGUAACCUGGCGACCAAGGAGGGCCGGGCCGCCAUCGCCACCACCUUCGACCAUAACAAGGCCCCUUGGCUUGGGCACCUCUCCGCCUACUGCGCCGUCAGCACCAUCUUCAGCAGCAGCUGCAUUCGUGGCAUCACCUGGUGUGCUCGUGGCAGGCAUCGUUGUGCUCCUGCUCGCACUGGUAGCCAUCGUCACUGGAGUCUGGAUACUCUUGAAACGGAGAAGGAACAAGGUGCAUGGCGACAUUAUCCUGGUGGAGUAUGGCCAUCAGCCUGGCGGUGGCAACAGCGGCAGCAGCAGCAGCCAGGAGCACCUCAUUACCAAAGUGGAGCCUCGACCAUCAUCGCAGUUGAAUGCCGGCAGGAAGAUGGUGGAUGUACAGCUCCAUGGUGCUCUGGCUUUGUUGGUGAGUGAUGUCCCUCUGUGGGCUUUGGUGGUGAAUGACUGUGCCCCUUGGCUGGCGCCGGUGGAGACCUCUUUGGGGGAGAUGAAGUUGUCGGCGUCCUCUUUGACGAUGGUUUGGCCGGCAGCAUCCUCCUCGCGUGCUCCCGGUGAGGCGGAGGGGGCGGUGGCGUGCGAGCCAUAG